AUGAAGCUAGAAUAUGCUUACAAGUAUUGUUAUGGCAGUCAAAUAUUGAAUGGAUGUAAUAAAGUGUCCAGCAAUGUUGCACCUAGUGCAACUAUUCAGAUCACUUUUCAGAACUUUACAGCUACAAACAAUAGCACCAAUAUUCCAACUUAUGUAGGAAACACAACAGUUCUCUACACGGCAACUACUAGUAGCACAACUGUUAGGAUCAAUGCAGGAAAUGACACAGCUUGUGGUGUUGGAGGUCCAUCAGCAUUAAGCAGAAUAGUAGGAGGAACAUCAGCUGCGUUGGGUUCAUGGCCCUGGCAGGCUAGUCUACGGUACAAUGGAAAUCAUAAAUGUGGAGCCUCUCUCAUUAGCAAUUCCUGGCUUGUCACGGCGGCUCAUUGUUUUUCUUCGAGCACAGAUGUGAAUGCUUGGACAGUCAUCUUAGGAACAGUUUCUUUAAGUACCGGAUCUGGGUUGAAGCUCCAAAAUAUCAUUAUCCAUGAGAAUUACACAAAGGGGUCAUAUGCCAAUGACAUUACUCUUCUCCAGUUAUCAAGUCCAGUGACCUUUACACCAUAUAUUCGAUCCGUAUGUUUACCCGAUACACUGGAUUCCUUUCCGGACAACUCUUCGUGUCAUGUAUCUGGAUGGGGAGCACUAACAGAAGGAGGGAGCCUAGCAUCUGUUCUACAACAGGCUGAAUUAAAAAUUAUUAAUUCAAUUUUAUGCAGCAGUUACCAGAUGUAUGGAUACCUUAUAAAGCCUUCGAUGAUAUGUGCUGGUUACACAGAAGGAAAAAUAGAUUCAUGUCAGGGUGACUCAGGAGGUCCUCUGGUUGCACUACAGUCUAGUAAAAGAUGGUCGCUCAUAGGAGUUGUUAGUUUUGGUGAUAAAUGUGCUUUGCCUAUGAAGCCUGGUGUGUAUACGAAGGUCACAUAUUUUCGCAGCUGGAUAGCACAGAAGUCUGGAUUCCAAUACGGAAUUCCGCAUGGAAAUUCUGGCGUGUGAACAUAGGCUUACCGGAAAGAAAAAAGGGUUGUAUGAACAGUACCUUAUAAAAACAUAUUUUUGUACAUACUUAUUUUUAUUUAUCUCACUGAUGUAUAGAAAUAUAUUGAUUGUGAAAUGUUUUUAAUUUAUUAAAUAUAAUUAUUAUAAUACUUAAACCGCAUGUCUUUACUGGCUGUUAAUUUAUCUUCUGUAUUACUGGGCUGAAAAUAUUCUACUUUCACCUUAUCUGUACUUAACUUGGCUGUAUAUUUUGGCUUACUUUGUUCCCAUACAGUUCAUUUUCAAUCUCAGAUACUCCAGGGCAGGGGUGUACCUACA